UUCGCUAAAAUUGUCUAUACGUGUGUGCGACAUCUGCGAUGGCAAGCCGAACUACAGUCGAUUUUGAAUUUGGCGCCUAUACUUGGCUUGGUGCAUUUAGGUUUCACCACCCUGGUCUUCACACAAAUGAAACUUUUUUACAAGUAACCAUUUAAGGCCAGUUACUAAUUACAACUCCAACACAUACUAAAAAGAACUUGGGUUUUUGUAAACUGGUGUCAAAUAAUCUUAAGUCUGCUUUAUUUAGAUUUACAUUGGAAAGGCACGUGGGGGAAAGAACCAAGAGUUGGUUAUGUGUCAAUGGUUACAUAACCUCAAAAACUUCAACGUCGUCUGUUUACCAUUUAAAAGAGAUAAAAAUAAAUGCCGUUUUUUACUCGUUUAUUUAUAAAAAAUAUUUAAAUUUUUCAAACUGGUUUUAAAUAAUCAUCUUUUUAAGUAAUAUGGACGUAUUCGAAUUAAGCAAUGAUGACAAAUUCGUCGACUUACACGGCCGAGAAAUACCUGCAGUAAGAAAUAAGCAGGAAGACAUUGCACUGUCUCUGGCAGAAUUAAAACCAGCAGGUGUGGCUAUUUAUCAAAAGAGCCAGUAUGAAAAACUUUCCAAAAUUGAUGUACCAUUUGAUAGCGAUUUUGUUGACUACAUGCUUGAAUCAGCAAAAAAUUACAUGCUGAACAAUAAAGUAUCAUUCUCCCAAGAUCAGAUUAUGAGAAGCAUUGAGAAUUGCAAGAGCAUUUUAAUAGACAACAAAAAUCCUGCUCCUCACAAGCAGCCCUCUUUCUUACAAAACAGAUCUGUAGCUAAAGGAGGCGAUGAUGAAAUUCUGAUUCAAGUCACUAACAAACCCAGCCAGUUCCAGCCUCCAAGCGCUAAACAUAAAAUUCCAAACUUUAAAAACAUCAAUCCUAAAUUACACGUAUCUCCAAAAACAAGCCCUAAAUCAAUAAAAGUAACCAGUCAAGUUGAAAAUGGUACAAGGAAGCCGAAAGUUGAUACUGAUAAAGCGCAAGAUGGGACCACGAAACUAAAAAAUGGUUCUGACCAAACACAAGGUGCCAAGUCUCUUAAAAGGUUUACUUAUAACAUAGUUCAAGAAGAACGUACGGUUUAUGUGACAAAAAUUGAUAAGCGGAACUGCAUUUGGGUGCGAGAUAAGGCCAAUGACGAAAUCUUUGAGUUAAUUCACGAUAAAGUGAACGAAGAAGCGAAGCACCAAAAGGUGCCCUCAAAGCCUUGGAAAACUGAAAAAGUAUACAUGGCUCAGGAUAAAGGUUGCUGGUUUAGGUGUAAAAUCGCCAGGAUGUUUCCGCUGACUGUUUUCUUCCUGGAUUACGGAAACGUGGCAGAAGUGGACGAAAACAGGGAGAUUUCAGAAGACUUGGCAAAAAUUCCCUGCAUGGCAACACGCAUUACAUUUAAGGAAGCGGAGUAUUUGCCAAUUCUGGAAGACGAAAUCCGAAUAAAGAAUUUCUACUACAACAGGGAUGGACCUUACUUUGUCAACAUUUUAAGUUCGGCCAAAAAAGCACCAAUUGAACAAACUAAACACUCCCAGCGGGCAAACGAGAUAAAACAAACACACCCCACAAAGACAAUAAAUGAUGUCUUCUUCAAGAAACCUCCACUUUUGUGCGAAAUCAGUGACGGCCAAACUGUGGUAAUUGUGCAAGUGGUUGAAGAAAUGUUUUAUUUAAAAACUAAAGAAUGUUUUGCUAAGUUAAAAGUUGUUAAAUUAAUGAUCGAAGAGUACUCUAAAAAUGCUAAAAGCGUUGAAAAUGUUAAAGUGAAUCAAGUUAUUUUGCAUUAUAACAGCAAAACCAAUAAACUUAACCGAGCUAUCGUACUGAAAGUUAAUAACAAUAAUGUUGAAAUUGAAACUUUCGAUUAUCCAGGACGAUUUACUACAGAUUUGGAAAAUCUAAAAUCGAUCAGUGAACAACUGAGUAAAGAACCAGUCACUUGUCUCCCAGGGGGGCGCUUGACCGGAUUUGAAAACAAACAACUCGGGGAAGAUUGCAAGGAAAUUAUUGCAAAACAUAUCCAAAAGCGGACAAAAUUCCGGGUGGUGUUGGGUUUCGACGACGAACUUGAUUUAUUUGACGGUAAUCUGCUUCUCUCAGAGCAAUUGCAAACAGUACUAGAAGGUCCCAGAAAAAUUUAUGUUCAAGACGUAACGCCUUACAGACCCGCAAUAGGAGUCAACUCAUUUGUGUGCGGUUAUUACAAUAGCAGCGACGAUUUUGCGAUUGUACCAAUGAAGGAAUUGCAAGAACACAUUGACUGUAUUUUAAGAUGUGAUGUCGAAGAUAAUGUACCAUACGUUGUUGAUGUGAAGGAAGUCUGUUUGUGUUAUUUUGUCGAUCAGUGGUAUAGAUGUGUAGUUACGAGGAUUUUUGAUAAGGAUUGUGAAGUUAGGUUACUGGAUUUUGGUAAUGUUACAGUUAUCAGAAAAGAAAAUUUAAGGAGACCUGACGAUGACAUCAUGAAAGUGCCAAUUUUGGCUUUACCGUGUAAACUCACUGGUCUGCCACAUCAAAAUGUUGAAGCAGCGUUAAAAAAGAUAAUUCUUAAGGGAGAGAUUUACGACGUUGAUGUAAAAUCAAUAACGGGGGGUAAAUGCCACGUGGAACUACCUAAAAUAUACGCAGCUUUGAAAGGCUAGGUCUAACUUAGAGUGAUUUUUUAUCAUUGUAUUCAUUGUGCACUGCUAAACAAUUAUUAGCAGCUGUAGCUCAAAAUGAGUGAUUUGUUUUUAUUGUCGCUUUUAUACGUUAAGUUUUUUUACGCCUUUUAUUUGUAAACGAAUAAAAUUACAAGAAUAA